AUGAGGGCUAACAGGGAGUGGUAUAAGAAGACUAAGAAGGGGGCGAGGUUAGAGAUUACUGAGGCUAAGACUGUGGCUUUUGGAUGUUUGUAUGAGGAGAUUGGGGAUAAAGACGGGGAUAAGAAGCUUUACAGGCUAGCCAAAGUGAGAGAAAUAAAGGACUGUGAUCUGGAUCAAGUGAAGUUCAUAAAAGUCGAUGAAGGGAGGGUGAGGAAGAGUGUGUCUAUUUUCGAGAACCAGUUCGAUUUCAUGCCGGAUCAUUCGACUACGGAAGCCAUUCAUCUAGUGAGGAGACUGGUGGAGCAAUAUAGAGCAAUGAAGAAGGAUUUGCAUACGGUGUUAAUUGAUCUAGAGAAAGCAUACGACAAUGUCCCGAGGGAGGUCCUAUGGAGGACUAAGACGGAGUACUUGGAGUACAAGUUCAGCAAUGUUACCCAGGAAGCGGACAUGGAUGUGAGGCAUGAUACACAAGUCAUCCCUAAGAGAGAGAGUUUCAAGUAUCUUGGAUCUAUAAUACAAGGUGAUGGGGAGAUUGACGAGGAUGUCACGCAUCCUAUCGGAGCAGGGUGA